CAGUCUUCGUUUCGUUAAAAAAAAAACAAUGUAAUUAAUAAAUUUAUACAUUUAAUAGGUCAUCCUUAAAACAACAAAAAAAACAAAAACCAAAAGAAAUGAAAUAUGCUCGCGUAGUUUUACGUAUACCUAAUUAAAAAAAUACAAAGAUAAUUUUUUUUUCAACGCGUGUGAACGCACACCGUGGUGUUAAGUGGAAAUCUAUUACAAAUCUUUAAUUAAAGAAAGAAAAAAAAAACAGUGCAAAAUGCCGCGAAUCGUACCCCUUCAAUUGUUAAAAUGCUUAAAAGUCCUUCUGGACGAUAAUGGCGGUAUUUUGAGUGAAAGUGAAGUCAAGCGGAUUGCAGGAUUAAUGACAAAAUAUUCCAAGAAAUUAGUAUCAAAAUGCAUUUAUGUGCAAAUUUUAAAAUGCACAAAAACUGAACUAUUGGGAGAAUUUAUGGGCUCUGGAGGAUGGAGUUUGACACAUACUUGGUUAAAUGAUGCCAUUCGUGCUAGAAAUUGGCCUCUGGUGCAAGAGAUUUUGGAAUUACUUUUGCUGUGUCCAGUUGAUGUUGAACGGCUUAAAAGUAAUUCAGCUCCUAAAUUAGUCAAAGGACUAUGUAAAGAUGGGGAUGAUGAAGGUGUUCGUAUUUUGGCAUCAAAACUAGUAGAACAGUGGUUAAAAGUUGUAACUGGUGAUGCAACAACAUCAAUCACACCACAAAUGGCCCCUAAAUCAAGUGAAUUAAAUGCAGUUGCUGCCCCAACAAACGCUUCCUCACUGAAAUCAGAAUCAAAUGCAAAACAAGCAGUAAAAAAACAAGUGAGUACUGUGGAAGAAGAUCCUUUGGGAGCAACUGAACCCACAAUUGAGGGUUCUUAUCAACCAACUUUGGCACAAAAGAAAGCUUCAGAAUCGGGGUUGGUUUUGAAAUGCAUUGUUAAAGAUGGCAAACAAGUUUGGGCCCGAGUUGAGAAUACUCCAAAGAAUUCAGCUAAAACUGAAAGUGUUACAGAAAAGAAAUCUGUUCCUCAACAACAGGUGGAAAUAGUCAGCGAUGACAAUGUUACUGAAGAAGAACCAGAAGCUAAAGAGGCAUCACCUAAACCUGCUGAAACAGUAGAAACAGAAGUUUCAAACGUGACAAAAUCAAGUAAUGAUACAACAGACAGCAAAGAUAAUGAAAGUUCUUCAAAGAAAAAAGAAAUUCUUUUAGAAAAAGAAAAAUCUCUAGAAAAAGAGAAGGAGAAAGAAAAAGAAAAAAGCAAAUCUAGCAGCAGUUCUGACAAGGAUAAAAAAUCUUCCUCAUCAAGUCAUAAAUCAUCUUCUUCAAGUCAUAAAUCAUCAUCAUCCUCAAAAAGUAGCAGUGGAUCUAGCAGUAGUAGUAGUAGCAAGUCAAAAUCAUCCCACCGAAGCUCAACUGAUAGUAAAAGUCGUGACAAAGAUAAGGAAAGAGAUAAGGACAAGGAACGCAGCUCUAACAAAGAACGUAGCUCUGAUAAAGACAAGCAUAGAUCUUCCUCGAGUAAAUCUUCAUCCAGUAGCAGUAGCAAAGAUAAAGAUCGUCACAGAGACAAAUCAAGCUCCUCAAGUUCUUCGUCAUCGACUAAGAAAGACAAAGAAAAGGAGAAAUCCGAUCCAGCAGCUCAAGCCGAAAAAGAUAAAGAUACUUUAUCCAAACUAAGCACCCCCUCAAUUGAUAAACUUGGAAAAAUUCCGAAAAAGCCCAAAGACGAUGCCCAAGAAGUUAAGCCUACAUCAAUUACAAUUCCUUCUAAAAAAGCAUCAAUGUCAAUAGAAAUUCGUCGCGAUUCAGAAAAAGCAAAAACAGUUAAAACUUAUAAAUCGCAAUUUCGAAGUCAUGGGCUUACCGAAGAGGCACCUCCACCACCGUCUCGAAAAGGCCUGAAGAAGCCUAACUCGGCACCAGUGCCUGGAACAGCUAUUCCAAGUACAUUGACUUUGAAAAGAGCAUCCCCGCCUCCUAGUUCUCUAUCAACAUCGCUUAAUAAAGAUGCGCCUGUCGAAAAGAAAGCCAAAAUAGAGAUGGCCGCUUUAGCAGUUCCUGUUGUUGAAAAGAUAGGAGCCAUUAAGCUCAUACCACCAAAGAAAAUUUCACAUCUUGUGGAAACCAACAUAUUCUCGGAUGCUCUCUCAGCAGCAAUGGUCCCCAAAAAGGAUGCGCGCAAACGCAAACGUAACUCUAAAGAAGCUUCCGGCAAGGAUGGGCUAACAUCACCACCAAUUAGUCCUGAAGGCAAUAAAGUUGCACCUCUCAAAUUCUACCAAGACACUUUGGAUGAGACCAAAGAUGGCAGCGAGAAGAAUGAAGGAGAAUCCAAGGAAGACAAAGAUGAAGAGGAAGCAGGUACCAAUACCGAAGAUGAUGAUGAUAUUCCCCUUAAAAAGGUUAAAGAAGACAUCGAACAACGUGUUCGCAAUGAGAAAGCAAAAACUGAUCAAAGCGAAAAUCCUGCUGAUAACAAAGACGCAGAGAAUUCAGUUGAGAUCGAUUUGACCAAAGAUUCUAAUUCGCAAGAAAUGGAAGAAUCACAAAGUGGAAGCAGAACACCAGAAGCUGUUGAAGAAAUCCCAGAUGAACCAAAGAAACCGGGUCCAGGCUGUGGUCCAAAUGGACCACCUGGUGUGCUUUUACUUCAUCGACGUAAAGGUCCGAAAAAGAAGCUCAAGUGGAGACCACAAGAAGAACUCGAACAAGUUCGUUUCUUUGAACUUGAUGAAAAUGAGCGUGUUAAUGUUACUAAGACUUUUAUUGACAUGAAGAAUAUGGAACGAUUCAGUGAGCGAGACGCUUUGAGUAUGGUUCGGCGGGGAUUUAACUCUGAAGAUAACAUGGUUCCACAAACUGAAUGGGCGCCUUUAGUGCUAGUCGAUGAUGUUCCAAACCAUCCCGAAGGAAACCAAAGUCGAGAACGUAAAAUUCAAGCUGACAGGGAACAAACAACAUUGCGUGCGUUGUAUUUCUCACAUGCAAUGAUUCCGGAUUCACCAGCUGAACCAGACAUUGAACCGAACCUGCACACAGAUUUUACAGUGAUUCCUUUGGAUGAUAUAACGGGCAAUCCAGACGCUGUAAAUGACUUCACAAGCAUGCCAUGGCCAGAUCCCAAAGGUGCUGCACCACAAAACGGCGGAAGUGGCGCAUUUAACAAUGGUCCCGGUAGUGAAAUGUACACCAACCGAAACCAGUUCAAUCCGUUUAUUCCAUUUGCUGCACAACAAACGGGUGGGUGGCAGAUGGGUGGCCCCAAUGGCCCACCGCAACCUCAAAUGAAUAUGCCAGGACCUCCACAACAAGGUAUGAUGUGUGGACCAGGACCAGGAAUGCCUGGAAACAAGUUUAACAGUAACAACAUGAGCAUGGGUAGUCCAAACAUGAUGCAAGGCUGUGGAAUGUCACCCCGCAGUCCAUCUGAAGACAUGUCCCCAAUAAUGGGCGGUGGUGGCGUCGGUGGAAUGAAUAUGAAUAUGAACAUGGGAAUGGGAGGUCCUUUCAAUGGACCACCAAAUAUGGGUAACAAUUCGCCUCAGUUUGGACCAGGGCCAAAUUUUGGACCCGGACCUGGAAACUUCGGCAUGAAUAUGAAUGGGCCACGUGGGCCAAUGAAUGGCAUGAUGGCUGGUGGCCCAAUGAAUGGUCCAGGACCAAUGAAUGGGCCAGGCCCGAUGAAUGGCCCCGGACCUAUGAAUGGACCAGGGCCAAUGAAUGGACCAGGGCCAAUGAAUGGGCCAGGAAACAUGAAUGGGCCAGGAAACAUGAAUGGACCAGGACCAAUGAAUGGACCAAGGUCAAUGCAUUGCAAUGAACCAAUGAACGGUCCCGGUCCAGAUCACAGACGAGGAGGAGAUCGAGGCAACAACCGGGGUGGUGGUGGAGGCAACUGGAGAUCAGGAGGUGGCAAAAACUUUAACUCCGAAGCUAAUUGGCGACCAGCUGGACCUGGGGAUGGCAAUUCAGAUCGAGGAGGCAAUAAUUUUGGUCGUAACAAUGAUUGGGUCCCAGGUGGUGGCGGCGGAGGCAACGGAAACAGCGGCAACGGUCGAGUUUGUAAACAGUUUAUGCGAGGCCAUUGUCGACUUGGUAACAAAUGCAAUUUCCUACAUCCAAGAAAGAAAACCUUCUAGGACGGACAGAGGGAUGGCGAAAGUCCACCCUCAGCAUCUCCCUCAAGUUCAGGGCAUUUCUAAAUCUGUGAUAGUACGAGUUGGAUAGUCUACUACCGGUCGAUGGUUUACUUAUGUAUCUCGCAUUCCUGAGAUGUGUUCUCGUCUCCUUUCUCGAUCAUUUUAUGGUUCCUUCUAUCUCGUUACAAAUAUGUAAAUAUAAUCUAAAUAUUAUGUUUUUAAGUAUAGUUAAGUACAACUAAUUUCAUUUAGUUGCAAAAAGAAAGCUAACAUUAUGUUAAUUAUGAUAGAACUGCAUUCAUUUCGUUUUCUCAAAGAAAUUUUAUUUGAUUUGUAGAAAAAUUUAUUUCUUCUCCUAGAUGAGAAAAACGUUUUGUAAAUAAUUUUAAACAAUCAUGUAAUAGUUAUCGGAUAAAACUAAUCAUAAGAUAUUUUUAGUAUCUGUAAGACUUUUUUUACAUUAAAAAUAUAAGGAAAUGUUGAAUUAUUAAA